GCUGUGCCCAUCUUGGAUUUGGAGUCCUUCGAAAACUCAUAAAGGAGGAAACGAGGCAAACUCCAAGAGUAUCAUAUGAGUUUGCCAGAUAUUGGAAAUUCAGAACCACCGAGUCUUGUUGAGGGUAGUACACAACUCAAUUCGCCUGAUACUUUACCGGUUUUGAGAAGGCAGUUCUACACACCGGCAUCUAACGGCGAGGAAAUCUCGUGCCGGAGUGCUUUCUCCGAUCAAGUCUGGGAUCAGAUCAGAGAGAGAUGCUUAUGUCAAAAUGCUCGGACGCAAUCCGAGAAAAAGCCUCUCGUUCAAAUACAAUGCAUUCCUCCAAGACGAUCUCAUACAAGGAGUGAAAUCUCGGGGAGCUCUCGUCGGACUGUUUUGGUAGAUUCUUCUUCGACCGUAUCCCCUGCAGCAUUCCCACAUCGUGCGCACGCACGGCUUCCUCUCUACUGCUCACCUAACACGGAUAAUCGCUACCGCAAGAUCGAGGAUCUCGCUGCGUUUCUUGCCACCGGUGUCACCACGGGGGAUGCCAUGUACUUUAUCGAUCCCGUGCAGCGACUUAUGGCGAGAGAUAAUGAACGGACAAAAUCGACGCAGCAAAAAAUAUCAACAGGGCCCGUAGUAGAGCGUCGCUUUCUCGGGAAGUGGGCUGAGGACGACACCAUAAAGGAUAAGAGCGAUGAAAUCAUCCCCCGACGGGUUCGCAUUGCGAAGCGCAAGUUUAAUGAAAUCAUGGGCAUGGUGAGGCCAUACGCCCUCGGGCAUGCGUACCGACAUAAACUGAAGACCGCGCCCUACCCUUUAAUCGGCGAUCCAAUAGCCAACUAUGUGAUGACCAUGCAAUCUCAACGACCUACAAAGGGGUUGUACUCCUUUUACUAA